AUGAGGGUAUCCAACUUCCUGCUGCUUCUGUUGCCCGUCUUUGCAAGGAGCUCAGCUCUGGAUUGCACAGAGGUACCGGGGUCCUUAAAGCAGAUUGAUGCCAGUAAUGGGCAAGUGUUUGGAGUGAACAGCACAGGCAGUAUUUUCACACUGUACGGGAACACUUUUGUGGAGGUGCCGGGUUCCCUGAAGCAUGUCACAGUGGGCCCUGCUGGAGUCUGGGGCGUGAACAAUAACAUCUACAAGCUGGUGGGUGGCACCUGGCAGCAGGUCUCAGGGGCACUCAAGCAGAUUGAUGCAGGAGGAGACCAGUUUGUCGUUGGUGCAAAUGCAAUUGAUGACAUUUACUGCCUGCACAGUUCAUCAACUAUCUCUGUGAAGGAACAAUCCUCCCCGCCCUGGGUCAACAUUGCAGGAAAACUGAAGUACUACAGCUGUGGGCUGCGGGGCUGCUGGGGAGUUAACUCUGAUGAUUAUAUCUAUUUUCGGCAUAGCGUCACCCCCGAGUCUUGUGCAGGAUCUAGGUGGGAGCAGAUCGAUGGCAGGCUGUCCAUGAUUGAAGUUGGAACUGAUGGAUCUGUCUAUGGAGUGUCAAGUUCAGGAGAAAUUUUUCGCAGGGAUGGAAUAACUAACAGCAACCCUGUGGGGACCACAUGGACCCAGAUACUCGAUCCUAUCUGCAAAUGCAAACAUGUGUCUUAUGACCUGGGACUGUUGUGGAUUGUCAGUAAUGAUGGGACCAUUGUGAAAUGUCGAGUCUAAACCACAACUCAUCAUCUCCACAAAAGAGAUCAACAAUGUCUACGAACACUUUGUUGCUUGUUGUGCACUUCUGUAUUUCUUUUCUUAAUAGUAGGCUGAAGCCCUUGUUCCUACAACAAAAUCCAACAAGAAAGAUCCAGAGAGUUCAGUACAGCCCGCCAAUGCUAUCCCUCUGUCCUCUCACCUAUACUUCGUCAUUCUGGAAUUGAAUGCAAUAGCAAGCAAUUGAAACCAGCUCAUUUCAAGCUGGAAGUAAAGUGUAUCAAAGUUUUAACAAUGAGGAUUAUCAUCAACCCCGGGAACAGAUCACUAAGGCAUGUCUCCAUUGCUUACUGUCCUCCAGUCAAGACUGGAUGGCUUCACAAAUCUGAUAUAUUUCAAGUCAAACACAGGUUUUUAGGGGCAAUGCAAGGAGCACUGGCUGAAAUCUUUAGCUGUGCUAUGUAGGAAAUCAGUCUAAAGGGUUAGAGUAAUUGUGGUUUUAAAAUCUAUUAAUCUACCAGUGCUCAUUACAUUAGUGAUGCAAAACACUCCCUAUGCCCUGACAGAAGAUCUUCUAUAGGAACUAGAGAGAAAACUUAAGUGACCUCGUUAAGUAAUUUUCCCCACCCUCCUAAAUAAAUCACCAUUAUUAGCUAGGUGAUGGUUCUGCCUAAGUUAACUUGAUUUCAGCAUCUCCAUUUCUGAGGGCCUUAGCAUGAUCCAUUUAUACAAAGCUACCAAGGGCCAAGAUGUUACACAAAAGCAGUGCUGAUUUUUGCACAAAACACAUACAUUUCCCUUCAAGCAGAAUUCCAAUGACGAGAUCUCUCAAGUCACUCCGGUUAGUCUCCUGCUAUCACAGACAAGCACAGCAUCUAACCCAGUCAUGUCAAAGUUGUGUCCCCGCGGGUCAGAGGAGUGAUGCGGGGCCGGACUGAGGGACAGCUCAGGCUCUGCAUUGCCCCAGUCUAGCACGUAGGGCCACGCUAUCCCUCCUGCGGUUCUGGGAGUUUGGCAGGCAAGGCAGCAGCAAUGAGCUGCCACUACCCUGCCAUUGCUGCCAAAUUUUUGGACCAUAGGGGUUUGGCAGUCUGAAUAACAGGGCUCCCCUGCCAGGUGGAUGUGGCCUGAGGGCCUGGGGCUGAGACUCCUCAGUGCAAUCACUUUCACAAACUGGUCGCGCACCAGCUUAAAAUGUGUUAGGUUUGUUGUCCCCAGUACUCUUAUUGGAAGGCUCUUCCAUACCACCGUGCAUUGAAUAUGGGAAACUUACUUCUAAUUCCCUGCUUUAAUUUGUUCAAGGAUGGAUUAAACCUGUUAUUUACCUCAGUAAGAUAGAAUAGCUAAAUGCAUUUGCUCUUUAUAGUCUCUAAGAAGAAAAGUGGUGGUAAAAACUUUUGUUUUCUACUGUCUUGUGGAAGAGGCUGGGCUUUUCCUGUGUUCUAGGCUGUG